CUCUUUUAUACGUGCGUUACGUAAGGUGCAUAAUUAAUUUCCUCAUAUUAUUAACAAUUAACUUUCAAUCAGUUAGUAAACUUUUCAAUAGCUGUACAUUUACUUUGUCUUUAUAAGCAUGCCGAAAAAGGUAGCCAAAGUUGAUAACGUUGAUACAACCAAAGAAAUUUUUAAUCUUGAGUUAGAAGGAUUUCCGCCGGAUGUUAGUGAUCGUGAUAGCAUUACAAUCUUGUUGAAGCAUCUUUUCCCUAACAACUGUGUUAUCAAUGUUGACAAUCUUGCCGAAUAUAUUGUAACACAAGACUCAAUUGGUACUGUAGUUAAACCUACAUGUGAUGAUGAAAGCGAUGAUGAUAGUGACGAUGACAACAUAGUUUUUGCAGUGACCAGCGUAGUAGAUUUAAGCCAUGAAUCAGCUGUGAAACACUCUGUAGUCAAGGACCUUAGAAAUUUCAUUCUUGAGGGAGUAAAAGCCUCAAAAGACGUUCCGAUGAGAUGUAAGGUCGAAGAGCUUCUUGAUAAGGAUACGGACUGCAAAUCAUUUCUACUUAUUAAUGAACGGUUCGAAAACCUACCUCUUUCAAUUUGUGCUGAAGCUGUUUCUGCCUUACCAUCUGAAUUUAAAUCCUCUAAUUUACUUCCUACUCAUCUAUUCAUUAUAUCAUGGGCAUAUUCAGAAGAAGCCAAAGACAAUGAUAAGAAAUAUGAAUUCGCAUAUCCUGAAAUUGAAUUUAUUGUUCCCCAUGCUCUACACGUGUUGGAAUUAGAUCACAACAGUCUUACUCGUGAUGGUGCAAAGAUAAAACAAAGUAGCGAUGGCGAUGAUGAUGAAAGAACGAACGACUUUAAUACUUUGCUAUUGAUAGUUAUCCCAAUGGACAGAUUCCAUGAUAUGUUAACUUCCCUGGCUAGUCACGUGUAAAUAUACUGAGUUUGCAACUGUUGUUACUAUUUUUAAUGGAUGUGUAUCCGGG